GUUGCAUUAGAUUCUCUGUUUUCUUCUGUAUAAUACUCAUGCAUUAAGAUCGGGAGAGUACUAUGUGAAACAAACAAGAAGAAAAGGAAAAGAAUAAUGAAGAUCUUAGGGUACGUUGGAAUAAUACUAUAAUAGCAUAAACAUUUAUUAUAUGGUGUUUGUUUUGUCAUUGUCUCAUCUCAUUUAGGAAGAUACGUGUGUUCAGAUGUAAUCUGAGACGGUGAGACUCUGUUAAAUUUGCUGCGUUGUUAGCAGCUGUUGGAAGAGUAAUUGGUUCACACAAGAGAUGAGCUAUAUGAUACUUGCUUUAAUAGUGAGUACCAGGCCAAAACUCGAAGGAACUGUUGCAGAUGGAGAAGCCUCAAAUUCAGAGAGUAGACUGAUUUGGUGGUUUCGUGAUAGAUUGAAGAAGGCCUCGGGAGUUUUCUGGGAAAGAAAGAGGAAGGGUGAUCUCUUCAUUAUGAGAGUUGGAAUGAGGAGUGUCGAGUUCAAGGUUAUUGAGACUGAUCAUUCUGAGUACUGUGUUGUAGCUCUAGACAUUGAAAUAUUUCCAAUAGGGUUUACUAAAGUGGCUACAGAUAAGAAUUCUAAAGCUGGAUCAAAUGUCUAGGCUAGCCUUUGUCGGUUUUGGGGUAUUAUUUUGUGAAUUAUGUUGAAUCAUGAACUUGAAAAGAAAAUUAAUGGAAAGCCUCGAUUUUUGGAUGA